AUGACUAAUUGGGGUACGGACUCAUUAGCCCUUACUCGGAGUGGUGCAGUGGCACGGAAGAAGGCACGGCUAGCCACAGAUGCAGCCCAUGAAGAAUUGAUGCAAACUGCAUCAAAAGCUGUUGUCAAAGGUCUUUCGGAGAUUCAGGAUGGAGGGCCAGCACCGGAGAUUCUUGACGAUUGGGAGGACGAGCCGGGAGAUCAAUUGAACCUACUUGACGACGUCGGGCUUGACUAUGAGCAGUUACGUAGACUGAUAUCAACGAUAGCACCAAAGCCGCGCAGGAAGGGGCGCGAGUGGAGUACACGGAUGUCCAGGCUUCAUGCCCAAUGGAACGAGCAACUUGACUCACUUUCCAAGCUCUAUCUACGCAUCAAGAUAAACAAUUUAUCCUGCACACCAUCGCAUUACCCAGAGCCUCGGCAAGGGAGCAACUGGUUUGAGAUACAAUGCAUCGAUAUCUUUAAUGGUCAUUCGAUUGAAUAUAUACCAUGGGACGAGAUAGACAACCGUGUGCAUGCACUCCUGCGUGCAGGGUACCUUCCUCCAACGCCAACAGACCCUCAAGUUGCAUUCUCCUUACGAACCCUCGAACUUCUUUAUUCGCUUUUCCGGGUGGCAUCGAACUUCAGUAUCCAGAGCUUUGCUCGGUUGCUCACUGACAUGCAUAAGACGGUAUUCCAGCCUCACCUUAGAACGCAGGUCUCACUUGCGUUUGACAUCUAUUACCGUAUCCUGGAUCGACUACGUGGUAUUGUCCAGCAGCAACUUGGAUAUAAUCUACCUGAUUAUCGGCUCAGGCACUCCUGUCCUGCCUGCCAUCAUAAAGUCGAGAAUGAGCCAGAGCGUCCAAUCCAGUUUAUUGUGACUGGUGAUGGGAACACUUCCCUCUCACGGCUUCGUCACCAUUUUGAGGGGAUUCUCGUGCAUUUCGCCCAAAAGCAUUCACAACGAGGGACUUCAAGCCAGAAGACAGAGGAGCCUUUGAUAUCGGAUGCCUGCUUGGCUUGGAAGAAUGCCCGACCGAUGCCAUCGAAGUCAAGAUCUGGGGCCCUACAGGUUAUGGAUGAAACGGGUAUUUUUUCAGUUGUUUGUCGCCAUGGAAUCGUACAGUUCCUUAUUGAUAUGGUUCAGAGUGGAGAGCUUGCAAAAUACCCUCUGGCUUCUGCCGAGAAGCUCAUACGUACAUUUGGGAAGAACAUAUUGUUCGUUUACGAUAUUGGGUGUACUUUCUCUGUGACUUUAUCGAAGUCAUCGAUUGGGGAUUUGGCCAAAGCGGCCAAUUUCAGGUGUUGUACCGGUUCUUUUCAUGGUGCCGCCCAUGACAGGUCCUGCCAGUUGGACUUCCUCAUCAGUUUACAGAAAGGCACGGGUAUCGAAGAUGGUGAGGGCAAUGAACGCGUCUAUUCGGAGAGCAAUGCCCUCGCACCCAUCAUUCGUCAUGCUUCUCCUUAUUACCGUCACCUCCGUAUCCACCUCCAUUUCUCCAAAUGGGAUGAGAUCAAGUAUGAGAAAUUAGGUGACUUCCUGUUGAGCAACUUCAAGUCCGCUGACAGGAUCAUUCGUGACAGUAAAAAAACCCUUGACGCCACACAAGAGUUAUUCUCUGACUUUGAUCCUGACCAAGACUGCCCACGGUGGCUAUCUGAAGAACGAGACUAUAUCUUUUCGCUUCAAUCUGAGCCUGACGAUGAGAAGGUCAAGAUUGAGUAUUUAGAAGCUAUCGAAUAUCUUGAGCGUGCUGAAGCAACGGUGCAUUACUGGGUAAUGCAAGCUGCAACGCCGGCAGGAGUAGUUGCGUAUUUUGGGCAGCACCUAGCUCAGGCAAACGAAACCCUCGAAGCUGCUCGCUCAAGUGUGUUGGCAAUUGAAGCCAGAUCAUCGCUGACUCUUCCUUGGGCACUUGAUUCCCCUCAACGCCACGAAGCAGUAGUUUUGCGCCAACAGCGGGAUUACCACCAAGUCCUUGAUGAGCUUGAACAACGAGCCAUAUCGCGUCAGCUUGAGCUUGAGAAAAUUGGGUUGCCAAAAACAGACUAUAAAGCUCGCCAGCAAAUUUCUGCAUUGGUCGCUAAGCGAGGGAAGUCCCUCCAGUCGAUACUUGAGAAGUAUAACAAUAUGGCAGCCUCUAUGAACCCUCCCAAACCAUCGCUUACGUGGCAAGAUGUUACGGACUUGAAUUUCCUGUCCGACAUCGUUCUUUUGCGUGGCCGUGAAGAUAUCCGGGAUAAGCCAUGGUUUCAGCACCACUUCCGUGAAGCAACACGCGCCUGGCACAAGUUUCAACGUGCUCGCGAAGAGAUUGAGAUUGUCAGCAUCGAAGCUCACCGGAUAUGGGCGUUCAUGGACGAGGAAGAAGCUCGGCUGCAUCAAAACAUCGAAACUAUCAAACCUACUGACCCCGAGCUAUCGAGGUACAUAGCACUCCUCUUUGAGUACCGACUCAGAGCAAACAGACACCUGCGUAGCAAACUGAGGCUUCUGGAGAAGCAAGGUGGCACCUGCACACCUCUUCCAGCACCCCGCAUUGUUGGAAGCCCCGUUUCAACGGCAGACACAGGCCAAGCUGAUGUAUCAACCCCUGAUCCUGGGACGGCACCCGAUCCCAACCUGGACAGCCCUGGCCCUUCAGAGAGAACCCCCAACAACGGCCAAGAUCCUACGAUGGGAAAUGGCCUUCAAGACACAGUGGUGGAACAAAUUUACCCUGACGCUGACUGGGAGGAUGAAAACGAAGACGCCGAUGGCGAUAACCAUGACUAUCACCAUGUCAUUGGAAGAAUCGUGAAUGCAUUAGAAGCUAUGGAUGUGGGAUCUGUGUAA